AUGAGAGCACUCUCGAAGGGGAUAGAAAUAAUUCUACAACUCAAGAGCUUGAUUAAGUCAGAGACAGAGUAUGUCAAUCUUAUCGAUCGAGUACAUGAUGCCUCUGGAUUUGCUCUAUAUCACCAAGCAGCAAUCAAGAGUUUUCCGCUUCAAGUAUAUGCAUCUGCAUUGGUUUUCAGCCCGGCGAAGAGCAUCACAAGGAUUCAGUACCAAGCACAGGAGCCUGUUUGGAUAGUAAAUCAUCAAGACAUAGGAGAUGAGUGGAGUCCAUGCUUGCAGACCCUCGAGGGACACUCAAAUUCUGUUAAAUCGGUCUAUUUCUCUCAUGAUUCUAGUUUCAUAGCCUCAGCUUCAAGCGAUCGUACCGUCAAGAUAUGGGAUACAAGCAGUGGCCAGUGUCUCACUACUUUGAAUGGGCUUAACGAAGCUAUCGUUUCUCUUUGUUUAUCCCAUGAUUCGAAAAUUCUAGCCUCGGCUUCAGCUGAUUCUACUAUCAGGAUUUGGAAUAGGAGUAGUGAGAAAUGCAGGAUAAAGAGCGCAGAUGGAAGAGCAAUCUCUCUGGUUUUCUCCUAUGAUCUCAAAUUUAUCAAAGCACGUUCAACCCAUAAUACCACGCGAUUGUGGGACGUCAACAGCGGGCAAUGCAUGCAGACUUUCAAGGCACGGGGCAGAGACUUGGUAGAAUUUUUCAAUCCAUCUCUCAAGCUAUUUGAUGGCUCUUUUCAUUUACCUUCAUUCUUUGUUGAUGGACCAAAUUGGCAGACGUAUGACGCUUGGUCUCGGUCUGAGGGCUAUGGCAUCAAAUGCCUGCUAUGGUUGCCACCAGAGUAUCGACCGCAUUCCAUGUUCCGGCCUGUUGUCUCUGAUUCCAAAAUUUGUAUCAGUUGCUCUUCAGGAAGAGUGAUUUUUUUCACUUUUGACUCCGCUGCGUUAUUAGAUGCCCUUGCUGCUACAUAA